AGUACGAACAGUGUUGUGAAAGAGACUUGAGACACGCGUCAAUACUAUAGGGGGUUCCCCAUAGCUAUACGUCUGGCUGGGAAUCGAACUAUUAAUUAUUGCAAGGAAUAACGAUGUCGGAAGAUUUAACAGAAAAUAAUUCUGAUGAAUAUCAGAUAGAGGAAAAUACCUUAGUACAGAUAAACAGUCCACAGACAAAGGAAGAUGGUACUGAUGAAGAAACUACUUCAAGUGAAGAUGAUAUUAUCGGUGGAGCGAGGAACAAGACUCCAAAAAAGGGGAAAACAUACCACAUUACGAACUGCACAAAUGUACAAGUGGGGAAAUCUAAUAAACAACAAACGGAAAGAUUGGAUGUUAUUGAGGAUCGGUUUACUGCACUGCAACAAACCAUAAAAAUACUACAGGAGGCAGACACGGAAUACAAGCAAACCAUCCAAGAACUUCAGCAAACCAUUCACACACUACAGGAGGCAGACACGGAAUACACGCAAACCAUCCGAGAACAUCAGCAAACCAUCCACACACUACAGGAGGCAGACACGGAACACAAGCAAACUAUGAAAGAAUAUGAGAAAACCAUACACACACUACAGGAGGAAGACACGGGACACAGGGAAACCAUCCAAGAAUAUCAGAAAGCGAUACACACUCUACAGGAGUCAGUCACAUCACACAAUCAAAUCAUUGAAAGAGAUCAGCAGGCGAUACAAACACUACAGGAGGCAGACACGAAACAGAAGCAAACCAUUCAGGAACUUCAGCAAGCGAUAAACAUACUACCGGAUAAGGUUGGGAAAAGAUUAACUAAACAACAGGAGACCAUUGAUGGGAUGCAGCAAACUAUCCAAGACCAUCAGAAAGCGAUACAGGAGGCAGACACAGCAAACAGGAAAACCACCAAAGAACAACAGCAAGCGAUCCACACACUACAGGAGGCUGACACGAAACAGAAGCAAAUCAUUCAAGAACUUCAGCAAUCGAUCCACACACUACAGGAGGCGGACAUGGAACAGAAGCAAACCAUUGAAAAACACCAGCAAGCAAUACACACACUACAGGAGUCAGACACGAAACAGAAGCAAACCAUCCAAGACUUUCAGCAAGCGAUGAACAUACUACAAGAUAAGUUUGGGGAACAACCAGAAAUAUUCAGACAAUUAGAGCAGGCAGACGCUGAAAACAAGCAAAAUAUUAGAGGAUUACAACACUCCAUUAAUAUCCAACAAGAAGAGAUACAGUACGUAAAGACGAAAGUUAAUCCAAAUAAAUCAGCGGGAAGUGAGGAAUUUUACCAGAGGCUGUUGGAGGAUGACAGAGAUAGCGGGAUUAUCAGUGAAAUGGAUUACCAGUGGGACUUGGUGAAUAGGAGAUAUGAGGGGAUUAUCAGUGAGAAGACGUAUCAGUGGACAUUGAAGAGUAUUAGAGCUGAGAGGCGUAUCAGUGAGAAGACGUACCAGUUGUAA